ACAUUCCUCAUUCUGGGACUCUGUGGGUUUGUCCUGGGAAUCUCGAGGCUCUCCCAAGGUUCCUUUCUAUGUUUACAUCAUUUAGCAGGGAAGGAUUGUUAAUGACUAAUCUGUGUCCAUGAGGCACAGAGCCAAGGAAGAGAUGCUGCUGCUAGCCCGGAAGGCCGCCUGUGAUCAUGCACAGCACACUAGAACUCUCUCCUCCUCCUCACCUCAUUGUCUCCCUGACUUAUCCUAAUGCGAAAUUGGAUUCUGAGCAUUUGUAGCAAAAUUGCUGGAAUCUGGAGAGGAAGACUCGAUUCAGAAUCCUCCCAGGGCCUUGAAAGUCCAUCUCUGACCCAAAACAAUCCAAGGAGGUAGAAAACAUUGUGGAAGGAGUGAAAGAAGAAAAGAAGACCUAGAGACAUAGCUCAAAGUGAACACUGCUUCUCUUGGGUUCCUGGAUUUCUUCUGGACAUUUCCUCAAGAUGAAACUUCAGACACUUUGGAGUUUUUUUUGAAGGCCACCAUAAAGAAAGUGCAUUUCAAUUGAAAAAUUUGGAUGGGAUCAAAAAUGAAUCUCAUUGAACACUCCCAUUUGCCUACCACAGAUGAAUUUUCUUUUUCUGAAAAUUUAUUUGGUGUUUUAACAGAACAAGUGGCAGGUCCUCUGGGACAGAACCUGGAAGUGGAACCAUACUCUCAAUACAGCAAUGUUCAGUUUCCCCAAGUUCAACCACAGAUUUCCUCAUCAUCCUAUUAUUCCAACCUGGGUUUCUACCCCCAGCAGCCUGAAGAGUGGUACUCUCCUGGAAUAUAUGAACUCAGGCGAAUGCCAGCUGAGUCUCUCUACCAGGGAGAGACUGAGGUAGCAGAGAUGCCUGUAACAAAGAAGCCCCGCAUGGGCGCGUCAGCAGGGAGGAUCAAAGGGGAUGAGCUGUGUGUUGUUUGUGGAGACAGAGCGUCUGGAUACCACUAUAAUGCACUGACCUGUGAGGGGUGCAAAGGUUUCUUCAGGAGAAGCAUUACCAAAAAUGCCGUGUACAAGUGUAAAAACGGGGGCAACUGUGUGAUGGAUAUGUACAUGAGAAGAAAGUGUCAAGAGUGUCGACUAAGGAAAUGCAAAGAGAUGGGAAUGUUGGCUGAAUGUAUGUAUACAGGCUUGUUAACCGAAAUUCAGUGUAAAUCUAAGCGACUGAGAAAAAAUGUGAAGCAGCAUGCAGAUCAGACCAUGAAUGAAGACAGUCAAGGUCGUGACUUGCGACAAGUGACCUCGACAACCAAGUCAUGCAGGGAGAAAACUGAACUCACCCCAGAUCAACAGAAUCUUCUACAUUAUAUUAUGGAUUCAUAUAGCAAACAGAAGAUGCCUCAGGAAAUAACAAAUAAAAUUUUAAAAGAAGAAUUCAGUGCAGAAGAAAAUUUUCUCAUUUUAACGGAAAUGGCAACCAAUCAUGUACAAGUUCUUGUAGAAUUCACAAAAAAGCUACCAGGAUUUCAAACUUUGGACCAUGAAGACCAGAUUGCUUUGCUGAAAGGGUCUGCGGUUGAAGCUAUGUUCCUUCGUUCAGCUGAGAUUUUCAAUAAGAAACUUCCGUCUGGUCAUUCUGACCUAUUGGAAGAAAGAAUUCGAAAUAGUGGUAUCUCUGAUGAAUAUAUAACACCUAUGUUUAGUUUUUAUAAAAGUAUUGGGGAACUGAAAAUGACUCAAGAGGAGUAUGCUCUGCUUACAGCAAUUGUUAUCCUCUCUCCAGACAGACAAUACAUAAAGGAUAGAGAGGCAGUAGAGAAGCUUCAGGAGCCACUUCUUGAUGUGCUACAAAAGUUGUGUAAGAUUCACCAACCUGAAAACCCUCAACACUUUGCCUGUCUCCUGGGUCGCCUGACUGAAUUACGGACAUUCAAUCAUCACCAUGCUGAGAUGCUGAUGUCAUGGAGAGUAAACGAUCACAAGUUUACCCCUCUUCUCUGUGAAAUCUGGGACGUGCAGUGAUGGGGAUCACAGGGGAGGGGUCUAGCUCCUUUUUCUCUCUUAUGAUAUUAAUCUGAAGUAUAACUUUCCUUUAUUUCACUUGUACCCAGUUUCACUCAAGAAAUCUUGAUAUUUAUGUUGUAAUUACAUGUAUAACUUCCACAACUGUAAAUAUUGGGCUAGAUAGAACGACUACAUUGUGUUUUAAAAGGCUCCAGGGAAUCCUGCAUUUGAUUUGGCAAGCCCUGUUUGCCCAAUCAAAUUGAUAGUUACUUCAAUUCUAUCUGUUGAACUAGGGAAAAUCUCAUUUUGCUCUUCAUCUUACCAUAUUGCUUAUAUUUUAUUAAAGAGUUGUAUUCAAUUUUGGCAAUAAAGCAAACAUAAUGGCAACAGG